AUGCGUGGAGAAAUAAUAGAAUCUAACCUCAGUUUUGAUGCUGAAUUGCGCGCGGCGAUGCGAAAGGACGACGAGUCGCGACGCGGCGACGACGCAGGCGACACGCGUUGGUCAACCACGACGACGGGGCUGCUGCGAGACGAUGGCGCGCGCGGGAGCGGGGGCGGCGGCGGCGGCAGCAGCGUGGGCGGAGGCGAAGGAGGCAGCGGUGGCACCCGGACGGCGUGGAGCGCCGGCGGCAUGCUGAGAUCGCUGCUCGGGUCGCCGCACCACGCAGCGGUGGCCACGACGGCCGUGGUGGAGCUGCCCGCGGCGGCGGCGGCGGCGGGCGGCGCACGGCUGUCGCUGCUCGACUCGUGCCACCGCAAGAUCCGCCUGCUGGGCGGCGGCCCCGUCGCCUUCCUCGGAGGCCUCGUCGCGUAA